GGACUAACCCAUGAGGGCCACACACGUGAUGUGGAGCAGGUCUACCUGCGUUGUUCCCAGGGUUCCCUCGACUGGCUCUACCCUACAGGGGCCAUCAUCGUCAACCUGCGGCCCAACACCCAGUCCCCGGCAGCCGCCCGUCUCUCCGUCUGCAUCAAGCCCUCCAGGGACUCCCACGGGGCUAACAUCUACCUGGACCGGGCCGGGAAGCUGCGUCUGCUGCUGAGGGAGCAGGACCAGGCCCAGGGGAAGGUGACCUGCUUCAGCAUCCAGGAAGGGGCUAUGUUCAUAGAGGCCAUACCUCACAGAGACAUCAGUAAGAGGAUCACCUCGUUUCAGUAUGAGCUGGUGACAGAGAGGACCGGAGGUGGAGCCUUGGCUGGGGUGGAGCCACACGCACUGUCCGGUAAGAUACACUCCUAUUGUUGUUGCUUUGGUCAUUAAAGGGGAAGUUCAGCAUGGCUAAAGUAAAGACAGUACAGUAAGGCCUAAAACUGCUUCUCCAGUAGAAAUUCCCGUUCACAAUUGUAGGCGAUGUCAUGGUGACGUUGGCUAUCAAAGCUCACGUCUAACGGUCGUUUCGCGCCGAACUGUGCAUGUGCAGGCCGUCAAAUCAAAGGCACUCUUUUCAUAUAAAGUUGUUUAUGACAAAUGAAAAGCGUGUCAGUUUGUCACUUUCACAACGUUAGAGUAAUAACAUUUACAUUUACAUCAUUUCGCAGACGCUCUUAUCCAGAGCAACUUACAAAUUGGUGCAUUCAACUUAUGAUAGCCAGUGGGACAACCACUUUAUACUAUUCCAGGUAUUCCUUAAAGAGGAACAUGUUCAACUAUUUAAGACAUUGUCUCGAAUCUAGGUUGUGCCUUUUUAGAUUUAGAGAAAAUAAAUAAUUUCUUCACCUCUCUCUUUGACUUCUCAUACCCCAAACCCCGGCCUGGUCUGGUCGGUCUGUUUCACAAGCAUGCCCGGAAGUCUUGCGAUGUUGCGGCUCUGGGUUUAGAAACUCUGUGGCUAAAGUCAACUGAAGUUUGUAGUGGCUGCUGACAGACAACUGAACCAUAGAUUAUAGUUUCUCCUGGUCCAUUACACUACAUUCAAGGUGAGGAACCUUCUAACAUACAUUUGUAAAAUCCUGAACAUCCCCCUUUUAAUGCUAAAGUUGGUGGCAGUGGUUAAAUAGACUAAUCCUAACAGUGGAUUACAGACUCUCCUGAUUGGCCCAGAGACUACAUUCAAGGAAAGGAACCAUCUAACUAAUGAUGUCAUUUUGGUGACCUAUCCCUUAAGUUUUGUGUGUCAUGAGGCCUGAACAGUAUCCUUACUGUUCCAGUUGAGUUAUCCAGACUGAGGUAGAUCAGAGAAAGUCAACUGGGCAUUCAGCUGACAGUUUUUUUUGAUUGACUCACUAUGAAGUAGUUUCCUUUGUCCUGGUGUCUGUAGUCAUGACAUAGCUCUGUACUAAAUGCAGCCAUCUGCUGGUGAAAACGUCUCCGUUUGCAGAUCUGUAUUUAUAAGAAAAAACAAUUCCAAAUUAUUUUUGAUAUUCAAUCUUCAGUUUAUUUAUCUUUUUACUGAAGAAAGUCUGAAUCUCAGUGUUGUUUUUAUAAUAUUAUGUUACACUGACAAUUCUAUGUUGAUAUUUCACAGUUACCUUCCCACAAGUUAGUCUUAUGAACUGGUGUACCCAUGGGACUGAGUUGACUUGGGGAGUGUUUCAUAACCAACCACUGCCUUUCCUACGGUACCCUGGUGUGUCUGUAUGGAGGGCUACAGUGGAACGGAGAGGCCCUCACUCUAAAAACAGAGCCGUGUUUUCAUCAUGCUGUGUACCUGCCAAACCUGCAUGACUCCUGGCUGUGAAGAGAUCCAGACCAGAGACACUGUGUUUUUCUUCCACUAAUAGGAGUAAUAGGAGUUACAUCUGUUUCUACCUCUUUCUGGGGUCACGUGUUCAUAUCCUGCAUAAUCAGCUGGCACAAUGGUGAGAUAGAGAGACUGAUAAACAGUCAGGACCUAAUGAAGGGGAUCUAACAUAGGGGUGUAAUGGUUGUAGCUAGUGUAGUUAGCUCAGGUUGGGCUUAAUGAAGGUGAUCUAACAUAGUGGUGUAAUGGUUGUUUUGGCCAGGUUGUAGCUAGUAUAGUUGGCUCAGGUUGGGCAUAAUGAAGGUGAUCUAACAUAGUGGUGUAAUGGUUGUUUUGGCCAGGUUGUAGCUAGUGUAGUUGGCUCAGGUUGGGCUUAAUGAAGGUGAUCUAACAUAGUGGUGUAAUGGUUGUUUUGGCCAGGUUGUAGCUAGUGUAGUUAGCUCAGGUUGGGCUUAAUGAAGGUGAUCUAACAUAGUGGUGUAAUGGUUGUUUUUGCCAGGUUGUAGCUAGUAUAGUUGGCUCAGGUUGGGCUUAAUGAAGGGGAUCUAACAUAGGGGUGUAAUGGUUGUUUUGGCCAGGUUGUAGCUAGUGUAGUUGGCUCAGGGUUGGGCUUAAUGAAGGGGAUCUAACAUAGGGGGUGUAAUGGUUGUUUUGGCCAGGUUGUAGCUAGUGUAGUUAGCUCAGGUUGGGCUUAAUGAAGGUGAUCUAACAUAGUGGUGUAAUGGUUGUUUUGGCCAGGUUGUAGCUAGUGUAGUUGGCUCAGGUUGGGCUUAAUGAAGGGGAUCUAACAUAGUGGGUGUAAUGGGUUGUUGCCCAGGUUGUACUAGUGUUGGCCAGGUUGGGCUUAGAUCUAACAUAGGGGUGUAAUGGUUUUUUUGGCCAGGUUGUAGUAGUUAUGUUGGCUCAGGUUGGGCUUAAUGGUAGUGCUGGGGGGCCCAGGUUCUAAUUUUAGUUAGUAGCCUAAGGCUCAGGGUUUUUGCCCGGCUGGUUUCCUGCGCUCUGUGCUUUCUGUGGUUAUGAGCUUGUGGUGUGAUGUGGCGCAGGUCCCUAGCCCCGGGGGAGAGGGGGGAGGGAGGGGGCCCUGGGCUUGUGUCGUUGAAUCGGGAGCAGGGUCUAGAGGGUUGGUGAUUGAGUGAAAAUUGUUUGGCUCUGUUCUCCCUCUCCCCCCAAUUUUUCCCCCCCAUCUCUGUUGUUUUUCUCCACUUCUUUUAGUUUCUCUUUUCAGACCUGCUGUGUGGGAUUGAGUUGCUCUCUCCUCCAUUCCUGGAGUAUCUAAAUAAGGGAGAGGAAAAGUUGUGAAAACCAAGGGAGAGAAACUUAACGAUAUUAAAAUCGUAGGAAAGGAGAAAAGAGGAGAGAAAGAGGAAGAGAGAUAAGGGAUAGAAAUAGAAAGAGAAGAGAGGAGAGAAUAAGAAGAAAGAAGAGAAAAAAGAGAAAAAGAUAGAUAAAAUAUUAAUCUUCUAUAUUAAGAUAAUAUGCUAUUAAUUAUUGAAAGAGAUAUAUGAAUAUGAAUAAAAUAAUCUGAAUAAUAUAUAUAUAUAUCAAAAUAUAUAUUUUAAUAUAAAAAUAUGAAUAAUAAUAUGGAAUAAUUAUAUAUUAUAUAUAUUAUAUCUUUUUGAUAUAUAUAUUGAAUUUUUUUACUAUUUUUGAUCAUUUCUUCUUCUAGGUUUUAUAUUUUUUGAACUACAUUUUUUUAUGCCCCCCCCCUUUCCUUUUUUUCCCCUCCUUUUUUUUUGUUUUUUUUGUUUUUUGCACCCCUGCGGGGGGGGGAGGGCCCUUUUCCCCUUUUGGAAAAGGAAGGGGGAAAAGGGUUUUUUUUGGGGGUGGGAAAUCCCUUUUUAAUCUCAUUUUAGGGGGGGGGGGGGGAAAAGCUUUGUUUUUUCUUUUAAAAGGGGGUUUUAAAAAGGGGGGGGAAAAGGAAAAAAUUUAAAAAAAAACCCAAGAGAAAAAAGAAAAAAAAGAGAUAAAAAAAAAUUUUUUUAAAAAUUUAAUAACUUUUAAAUAUUUUUUAAAAAAAAGGGGAUUAAAAUUUUAAAUUAAAAAAAAUUUUAAAAAAAAAGAAAAAGGAAAAAAAAAAAAAAAAAAAGGGGAAAAAAAAGGAAAAUUUUUUUUUGGGAAAAAAAAAGGGUUUUUUUUUUUUUAAAAAAAAUUUUUUUAUUUUUUUUUUUUUUUUUUUUUUUUUUCCUUUUUUUUUUUUUAUUUUUUUUCUUUUUUUUCCUUUCUUUUUUUUUUCCUUUUUCUUCCCUUUUGCCCCUUUUUUUUUUCUGUUUUUCCCUUUUUUUGUCCCCUUGGCCUCCCUUUCUCCCCCCCGCUUUUUUCUUCUCUCUUUCUCCUCUUCGCCCUCUCUCUUCUUCCUUGCCCCCCCCUUUUCCUCCUUUUUCCCCCCGUCUACGUCUCUUUCACCCCUUUUCCCUUAUCUAUCCGCCUGUUUUCCCUUUUCCUUGAUUUGAAGUGGUUGUCAUCAAAAGGGGGGGUUUCUGCGCUCCAUUAGAGGGGGGAAUGCAUUGGGACCAGAUGUUGCAGCGGGGACAAUUCCCCUUUUUUUCCCUCCACCUUUCCCCACCCUCAUCCCCCCCUGUGAAGUGGUUGUGUGGGAGCGGCAGUGUUGGGGGUUUGGGGGUUUGAGGAAAGUGACUCCAACCGACAGCCCGGCCAUUCCGUGGCAAGUUUAUGUCGACAUGUGAGCCCCCGACCGGAGGGGGGACCAAAAGAGAAGGAGAGAGAGGGGGCCCGGGGGAGACCAGAGAGAAGAGAGGGAGGGGAAAGAAAGAGAGAGAGGGGAAAACAGAGAGAGAGGAGCCAGAAGAGAGGGCCGAGGGGGAGACCAGAGAGGGGGAGACCAGAGGGAAGGAAGAGGGGGGAGACCAAGAAGGGAGACCAAAAAAAGGAGACCAGAGAGAGGAGGACCCGAGAGGGGGAAGGAGAGACCAGAGAGAGAGAGAAGGUUUUUAACCCCCCAGGGGAGCCCGGGGGGAAGGAGACCAGAGGAGAGAGAAGGGGAGACCAAAAGAGAGAGGGGGAGCCAGAAGGGGAGGAGAGGGGGAGACCAGAGGGGGAGGAACCAGAAGGGGAAGAGAGGACCAGAGGAGAGAUAGGGGGGAGAGAGCUAGCUGGAAAAACCGUGGCGCCUCGCGAAUAGCCCCCCAUCCCCUUGGGCCCCGGUUAAAAUAGUUGCACUUUAAAGGGAAAGGGUAUGUUUGGGUUACAGAAAGGGUUAAAGGGUUUUGGGGCCCCAGUACACCCGGGCCAAAGGUUUUUGAAACUUGGCGGCAGCCCCAACCCCUCAUCAAAGGGCCCCGCUUACUCGUUGCCUGGGGGGGAGGGGGGGGGCGGUCAUUGUUGGUCGGCUACUUGAUGCACCUCCUCUCCGCGUUCUAAGCCCCGAGCCUUGGGGUGGGAACCCCCACCCUAACCUCUGACCUUGUUGGGGGGGGGCCGGCCAUGUGGGUACAAAACCAGGACUGGGACUUGAAACCCAAAACCCCCCCCCCCCCCACCCCCCCAAAAAGGGCCCCCCAAAACCCCCCAAAAAACCCCCCUCACCCCCCCCCCCCCUCAACCCCCUCCUUCACCCUCCCCCUCAACCCCCCCCUCACCCUCCCCGUCAAACCCCUACCCAUCCCCCCCCCCUCACUGAGCCUCACCAUCAGACUUCAGACAAACCUGUCUAAAAAGAAUCCCCCCUGCCUGGAAACAUGCCUAAGGGUCAUGGUCUCCUCUGCAAGGAUCAGCUUUAAAAAGCCGUCAGUUGUCUCUGAACAGGUCAGAGGUGACAGGGCAGGGCUGUAGAGAUUGUGCUCUAGUCUCGGUAACACUAAGGUGCACUUUAUAUAGGGCUUUUAAGUACUUUAGAGACUGCUAAUCAUUAGUUUAUAUCUAGUAUAUAAAGUGCUUUAUAAAAUGUAUAAACCCUUCAUGUAAAGUGUUACCAUGGUUAUAUCUGAAUCUAACAGACAUAUCUGGUCAUGUGAAUCCUUGAAUUAGAAUGUCCUUAAUAUUAUUUCACUGGACUGUUUGAAUAGCCAGUCAGCCAGCCAGUCAGCCAGCCAGCCAGUCAGCCAGCCAGCCAGCCAGCAUGCCAGCCAGCCAGCCAGCCAGCCAGCAUGCCAGUCAGCCAGCCAGCCAGCCAGUCAGUAUUGAGGAUAACCGGACCACUAACCCAUCAUCUAAACCCUCCCUCUCUCUCUCCUUCUGUCCUCCUUGGUUAGUUAUUCUGCUGUUAAAGACAACUACUGUUCAAUAAGGUCUAAUGAAGACUUUCGCUGUGGGGCUGACCCUCUAGCCACGUGUUUAAUAAGACCUAAUGAAGACUUCCCCUGUCACUAGAGACUGCAGACUGGGCUGAUUUAGAGACCUUUCCUCUGUCAUAAAGACCUCACUAGAGACUGCAGACUGGGCUGAUUUAGAGACUUUCCUCUGUAUAAAGACCUCACUAGAGACUGCAGACUGGGCUGAUUUAGAGACCUUUCCUCUGUCAUAAAGACCUCACUAGAGACUGCAGACUGGGCUGAUUUAGAGACCUUUCCUCUGUCAUAAAGACCUCACUAGAGACUGCAGACUGGGCUGAUUUAGAGACCUUUCUCUGUCAUAAGACCUCACUAGAGACUGCCAGACGGGGCUGAUUUAGAGACCUUUCCUCUGUCAUAAAGACCUCACUAGAGACUGCAGACUGGGCUGAUUUAGAGACCUUUCUCUGUCAUAAAGACCUCACUAGAGACUGCAGACUGGGCUGAUGUUAGAGACUUUCUCUGUCAUAAAGACCCUCACUAGAGACUGCAGACUGGGCUGAUUUAGAGACCUUUCUCUGUCAUAAAGACCUACAUAGAGACUGCAGACUGGGCGUGAUUUAGAGACCUUUCCUCUGUCAUAAAGACCUCAUAGAGACUGCAGACUGGGCUGAUUUAGAGACCUUUCCUCUGUCAUAAAGACCUCACUAGAGACUGCAGACUGGGCUGAUUUAGAGACCUUUCCUCUGUCAUAAAGACCUCACUAGAGACUGCAGACUGGGCUGAUUUAGAGACCUUUCCUCUGUCAUAAAGACCUCACUACAGACUGCAGACUGGGCUGAUUUAGAGACCUUUCCUCUGUCAUAAAGACCUCACUAGAGAAUCCAGACUGGGCUGAUUUAGAGACCUUUCCUCUGUCAUAAAGACCUCACUACAGACUGCAGACUGGGCUGAUUUAGAGACCUUUCCAUGUCAUAAAGACCUCACUAGAGACUGCAGACUGGGCUGAUUUAGAGACCUUUCCUCUGUCAUAAAGACCUCACUAGAGACUGCAGACUGGGCUGAUUUAGAGACCUUUCCUCUGUCAUAAAGACCUCACUAGAGACUGCAGACUGGGCUGAUUUAGAGACCUUUCCUCUGUCAUAAAGACCUCACUAGAGACUGCAGACUCCAGGAGGAGGGUAGAGGAGAGUGGCUGGGUGUAUGUGACCUGUAGUAUAGCCCUAAGACUGGGGGUUUCACUAUAUGGCCAGGGACUGGGGGUUUCACUAUAUGGCCAGGGACUGGGGGUUUCACUAUAUGGCCAGGGACUGGGGGUUUCACUAUAUGGCCAGGGGCUGGGGGUUUCACUAUAUGGCCAGGGACUGGGGGUUUCACUAUAUGGCCAGGGACUGGGGGUUUCACUAUAUGGCCAGGGACUGGGGGUUUCACUAUAUGGCCAGGGACUGGGGGUUUCACUAUAUGACCAGGGGCUGGGGGUUUCAUAACCAUGUCAACAUGAGGUCAAAACCAGGCGUAUAACCAUUUUUACAUGAGGUCAAAACCAGGCGUAUAACCAUGUUUACAUGAGGUCAAAACCAGGCCUAUAACCAUGUUUACAUGAGGUCAAAACCAGGCCUAUAACCAUGUUUACAUGAGGUCAAAACCAGGCAUAUAACCAUGUUUACAUGAAGUCAAAACCAGGCCUAUAACCAUGUCAACAUGAGGUCAAAACCAGGCCUAUAACCAUGUUUACAUGAGGUCAAAACCAGGCGUAUAACCAUUUUUACAUGAGGUCAAAACCAGGCGUAUAACCAUGUUUACAUGAGGUCAAAACCAGGCGUAUAACCAUGUUUACAUGAGGUCAAAACCAGGCGUAUAACCAUGUUUACAUGAGGUCAAAACCAGGCCUAUAACCAUGUUUACAUGAGGUCAAAACCAGGCCUAUAACCAUGUUUACAUGAAGUCAAAACCAGGCCUAUAACCAUGUUUACAUGAGGUCAAAACCAGGCCUAUAACCAUGUCAACAUGAGGUCAAAACCAGGCCUAUAACCAUGUUUACAUGAGGUCAAAACCAGGCCUAUAACCAUGUUUACAUGAAGUCAAAACCAGGCCUAUAACCAUGUUUACAUGAGGUCAAAACCAGGCCUAUAACCAUGUCAACAUGAGGUCAAAACCAGGCCUAUAACCAUGUUUACAUGAGGUCAAAACCAGGCCUAUAACCAUGUUUACAUGAGGUCAAAAAUGGGCGUAUAACCAUGUUUACAUGAGGUCAAAACCAGGCCUAUACCCAUUUACAUGAGGUCAAAACCAGGCCUAUAACCAUGUUUACAUGAGGUCAAAACCAGGCCUUUUAACCAUGUUUACAUGAAGUCAAAACCAGGCCUAUAACCAUGUUUACAUGAGGUCAAAACCAGGCCUAUAACCAUGUCAACAUGAGGUCAAAACCAGGCCUAUAACCAUGUCAACAUGAAGUCAAAACCAGGCCUAUAACCAUGUUUACAUGAGGUCAAAACCAGGACCUAUAACCAUGUCAAACGAGGUAAAAACCAGGCCUAUAACCAUGUUACAUGAGGUCAAAACCAGGCCUAUAACCAUGUUUACAUGAGGUCAAAGACCAGGCCUAUAACCAUGUUUACAUGAGGUCAAAACCAGGCCUAUACCCAUGUUUACAUGAGGUCAAAACCAGGCCUAUAACCAUGUUUACAUGAGGUCAAAACCAGGCCUAUAACCAUGUUUAAAUGAGGUCAAAACCAGGCGUAUAACCAUUUUUACAUGAGGUCAAAACCAGGCCUAUAACCAUGUUUACAUGAGGUCAAAACCAGGCCUAUAACCAUGUUUACAUGAGGUCAAAACCAGGCCUAUAACCAUGUUUACAUGAAGUCAAAACCAGGCCUAUAACCAUGUUUACAUGAGGUCAAAACCAGGCCUAUAACCAUGUCAACAUGAGGUCAAAACCAGGCCUAUAACCAUGUUUACAUGAGGUCAAAACCAGGCCUAUAACCAUGUUACAUGAAGUCAAAACCAGGCCUAUAACCAUGUUUACAUGAGGUCAAAACCAGGCCUAUAACCAUGUCAACAUGAGGUCAAAACCAGGCCUAUAACCAUGUUUACAUGAGGUCAAAACCAGGCCUAUAACCAUGUUUACAUGAAGUCAAAACUAGGCAUAUAACCAUGUUUACAUGAAGUCAAAACCAGGCCUAUAGCGAUGUCAACAUGAGGUGAAAACCAGGCCUAUAGCCAUGUCAACAUGAGGUCAAAACCAGGCCUAUAGCCAUGUGAACACGAGGUCACCAUUGCAAACAUAGUUACCUCUGUUCCCAGUGGGCCUCGUAGAAAGACACCAUGUGCAGCCAGCCCAGGUCAGAGAUGUAGCAGCUUUGCCUUGCCUCAUCUGGAGUGUCAGGCAGGGUGUGUUGGGGGUGGUCUCUGUAGCCUCUGAGAGGUGCCUCCUGGGGCAUCCACCUCCCACCAUCCUCACCCUCCACACCCCGUCCUCCCCUCACCUCCCCAUCCUCUCCCUCACACCCCGUCCUCCCCUCACCUCCCCCAUCCUCCCCCUCACACCUGUCCUCCCCUCACCUUUCCCAUCCUUCUCUCACACCCCGUCCAACCCUCAACCCCCCCCCCCCCCCCCCCCCCCCCCCCCCCCCUGCCACCCCAUCCUCCCCGCACUUCCCCCACACAUCCCCUCCCAGCACCAGGCCUGUUUAAUGAGUAGCCCCUGUCCUGUACCUCAGGCCGACAGUCAGUCAGUCAGGACCAGGUCCGCUCUGUUUGGUGUAAAAGUCAUAGUCCAUGACAGGAGACUCCCGUCCUGCUGCCUGCCUGUUGGCCUGCCUGUUCUGCCUGGGCUGCUGGGUAAAUAAGCAUCCAUCUGGGAGAGCUGAAAUUAAUUACAGCACAUGCAUCCCUACGGGCCACAGCCCACUUCCUGUGUGUGUGUGCAGCACGUGUCUUCAAUGACCUGCUUUGUGACUGUUCUUUAAAUAGUUGAAGUGCUAGAGUUGAUAGGGUUGUCUGACCUUAAAUAAUGAAGGUCUCACUUUGAUCCCUGGUAGAACUCUCUGUCUGUCUUUUGUCCAGUAGCUCAUCUCUUCUCUCUCUCUCUCUUCUCUCUCCACAGCUCCCUGUCAGCCCUGCAGUGAUGCUGAGGUGCUGUUAGCCGUCUGCACCAGCGACUUUGGUAAGAACUAUUUAGAAACCCUUUAUACAUCCUUUUAGGUAUAGUUAUUAAAGGUACAAUAUGUCAAAAUGUCCUGGUUGCUAACUGAUCUACCGCUUAUUUCACUUGCUUUCAAUGAGAAUGACAGAUCUAUAACUCACAUUUAUAUGUGCAUUUGGUUGGGUCGCCCACAAAGUUAUACAAUGGACCUUUAAAUGUGAAGUGUUACUGUUGUGUUUAUGGCAUUGUUUGUAUUUUACUGUUGUAGUAUUUGUUCCACAUUAUACUGUAUCAGUAUACUGUACUGUAGUACUCUAACAUCUAUCAACACUCUCCUGUCUUCCUCUCUGUAGUGGGGAGAGGCACCAUCCAGGGGGUGGAGGAGGAGGCGGAGCAGUUGUCGGUCACCGUGGCGAUAAGCCGCCUGUACAGACAGAAGACUCAGGUGUUUGUGUCAGGGGGGGUGAGAGUGAGGAGGUGGACAGGCAGGGUGAGGAUGCCCAGGCAGUGUGGGGUGAGGCCCGGCCCAGGGAAGGGGGAUGGAGACUUCCUGUUCACGGGGAGCGUAAGGUUCGGGGAGGCCUGGAUGGGGUGUGCCCCGAGAUACAAGGACUUCCUCAGACUGUACCAGGAGGCAGAGCAGAUUGGGACUAACCCCUGUCAUGUGGACACAGACUGAGUGUCAGGGAGCUACCUGGUCUGGAAACACCACCAAACACAGACUGAGGGUCAGAGAGCUACCUGGCCACACCCACAACAACAGGCCUCUUCCUGAAUGGACAGCAGACCCAGGUCUGAGCCUAAUGUGGACACUAACUGAGAGGGGCGCAGACAGACAGAUGGACAGACAGUCUGCCGCAGACACACAGAUAACUUCUCCUACUGUCUUCCUGCUCUGGAGCUCCUGAAUGUUGCCAAGCAGCACUGUGACUGUUGGACCAAUUUCUCAACGCCAACGUUGUUGUUGUUGUGGAAUGUUCUAAGACUGUUCCAUUGAUGUUCUAAGACUGUUCCAUUGGAAUGUUCUAAGACUUCUAUUCUCUGAGAAGUACAUCAACUGUCAGAUGAUGUGAGGUUUCUAAUGUAGCAGACCCUCUUUGGAACUAAUGUGUAUAAAAUGUUGUGGAUAAAAUGUGCAAGAUGAAGAUUUCUGAAACGGAGGAUCCAACUGCUUUGUGAAAAGCUUGAUGUACAGUUUUGAAGAUAUUUCUUAUGAAAGAAAUGUAUACAUUUAAAGCCUGCUUUUUAUUUGUGAUUUAUUUUGUUUUUUAAAUGUAGAAGUGCAAUUUACAGCCUUUAUUAUGUCCUCAGGCUGUUGAAUUAUAAAACCCUUUUUUUUCUUCUUUUUUUUAAAAAUUAAAAGUUGUAUUCCUUGGAACAUCGCGUUGUGUGUUUGUGUGUGUGCGCACGUUUUGUGUGUGUGAAGUGAAUAUAUAUUUAAACAAACCAAAUCACCAAGGACAAAACCAACCUAUAACGCCCACAGACAGACUUCAGUGUCCAUGGCCAUUUCCUAUUGAAGACUUUCAUUGUUCCUAUUAGUAAUAUUUAGUCUCCUCAC